CGGUGGGAGCUAUGAGGCGCUGGCUGCCCCCGGAGAGGGCUCACACUGCGGUGUAAAUGCAGAGCAGGAUUCACAGUGUACAACAUCAUUAAUAACAACCCCGCUGUAAGCAGUCACAGCUUUCCGGCCCCUUCUGAAGCUGGGUCUGUAUAUCUGGAUGAUUCCGGGAUUGUGCCUGACCAUCGCCCUCCUGCUCCGGCUCACCUGGGGGCUGGAGUUUGUGGCCGAUCCCACCAAUGUCACAGUCUCACUGGGCCUGAAUACUCAGAUGGGAUGUCAAUUGAAGGGGAAGGGGUUCUCGGGCUGGCCUGCUAUCUACUGGCUAAAGGACGGCAGAGAGCUACAAGACGUAGAGUCCACCAGCCUGCACCUUAGCGAAGACGAAUUGCUGAGCAGCAUCAGGUUGAUAAACGUGCAGCAAAUAGACAUGGGCUGGUAUUGGUGCACGGCGAGUGUGAAAGGCAUUCAUAUUAACUCAAAGAAGGCCUUUUUAACCGUUGAAGGUCUGCCAUACAUCACAGUGCAUCCACAGGACAUCAUUGUAUUUAAAGAUACACCUUUCAACCUGACCUGUGCUGCUGUUGGAAGGCCAACGCCGACAGAGAUAUUAUGGAGGAUGGGAGGGGUCCUAGUCGAAGGAACAGGGAUAGAAUCCCCUUCCGUACUGACAGUUAAAGGAAUUAAAAGGCUGACCACCUUCACUUGCGAAGCACACAACUCAAAGGGAGUAACCGUUUCCCGGACAGCUAGUGCCAAUGUCAAAGUUUCACCAGCCAAGCCCACCAAGCUGAGAAUCAACAGCCAGACUUCCAACAAUGUCAGCAUCAGUUGGACUGUUGCCUUUGACGGCUUCUCGAAGCUUCAGGCCUGUACAGCUCAAGUUUAUGAUCCCAACAAGGUGAAUGUUACUUCAAAUUACAACAUAUCUUUUGAGGAGACAUUUCCUGUUCCACCAUACAGGCAUACAAUCAGAGGCCUGAGCCCAUUCACAUCCUGCAGUGUCCGACUUAGCUGUCGUAAUGAAGUCGGGCGUUCUGAGUUCACUGAGUGGAUACAUUUCCAAACAUCUGAAGCAGCUCCAAGUGCACCACCAAGGAAUGUGAGUUACUUCUACAAUGGAUCAUCAUUGGUGAUAUGGUGGUAUGAUGUGGCAGCUUGGGAUGUACAUGGCAUUCUACUCGGAUACAUCGUGGAGUGGAGCAGGCAGGAGGAAAAGAAGGUGGAGAUCACGGUCGAUACGGGAACCCAGGCUGUCCUACACCCCUUCGAUCCCUCUGAGAAGCAUUCAUUUCGGGUCUGUGCGCAGACUGCAGGUGGCCGGGGCCCAUGGAGUGCACCUGUGCUUCUGUUAGCCCAGGGACAAGGGUUGGAGGAAACAGAACGAAAGACCUCAUGGGCACCUGUGAUAAUUGGAAUUCUUUGUGCAGUCUUAACUCUAAUCAGCGUGCUGCUUGUUAUGUACCACAUCCGGAGAAAGGAAAUGCAAUUUGGAGAAGCCUUUGGCCCUAUUUCCGAUGGAGUGGGCCAGAUGGUCCAAUACAGGGCAGGAAGAGUCUACAACCGUAGAGGAGCAGAGCGCAUCGAGGCUACAUUCGACACUUUGGGAAUCAGCAAUGCUUUGAAGCAGAAGCUGGAAGAUAUUUUCAUCCAUGAGAGGCAGCUUGAACUGGGGCGGACACUGGGCAGAGGAGAGUUUGGCUCGGUCAAGGAGGCUUAUUUAAAGAUGGAAGAUGGGUCCUCCCAAAAGUUGGCUGUGAAAAUGCUAAAAACUGAAAUCAAUGCAUCUGGAGAUAUCGAGGAGUUUCUGCGAGAGGCAGCCUGCAUGAAAGAAUUCAACCACCCGAAUGUCAUUAAGGUGAUUGGAGUGAGUCUCCAGAGUCGAGCCCAUCGCCGGCUUCCAGUUCCCAUGGUCUUGCUACCUUUCAUGAAACAUGGAGAUCUUCGCACCUACCUUGUACUCUCCAGGCUUGGAGACCAGCCAGUUGACAUUCCAGUACAGAACCUGUUGAACUUUAUGAUUGACAUUGUCAAAGGAAUGGAGUACUUGAGUAGCAAGAACUUUGUCCACAGGGACCUGGCCACACGCAACUGCAUGCUAGACCAAGAUAUGCAUGUGUGUGUGGCAGACUUUGGCUUAUCUCGGAAGCUGUACAGCGGUGAUUACUAUAGACAAGGUAGCACGAGCAAGCUGCCUGUCAAAUGGAUUGCGUUGGAGAGUUUGGCAGAUAAUGUGUACACAGUUCACAGUGACGUGUGGUCAUUUGGAGUCACCAUGUGGGAAAUAGCAACAAGAGGUCAGACCCCGUACCCAGGGGUUGAGAAUGCAGAGAUUUAUGACUACCUCAUACGUGGGCACCGGCUGAAGCAGCCCCCCGAUUGCAUUGAUGAACUGUACAAGCUCAUGCACAAGUGUUGGCACACUGACCCCAAGCUCAGGCCCUCCUUUGAAUCUUUGAGGACAUCGCUGGAAAGCCUCUUACUGGGCCUCUCUCCAAUCACAGAGUCAGAACAACUUCUCUACAUGAACUUGCAGGGAGGGGCAGAGGCUUUUGCAUCUGAUCAAGGCCGCAGCCUGGCCUGCUGGGAAGUGGAUGGUGUAGGCAAUAUGGAAGCCUCAGCUGUUUCAGACAGUGCUGACUAUCGUUAUGUGACGGCUCCUCUGGGUUUGAUGGAAGACAGAAGAGAGGAGACCCCAGCAAAUGAUUUAGUGGACCCCAUACAUGAUGGACAACUGGAAGAUGAAGUCAUUAUAAAUCUUUAGCGGCAGGAGACUUGGGCUUAAUUACUGAGCAGUGCAAUAAUGAAACUGAGGGUGAUCCUCUCAGCUGUGCCUUCAUACCACACAAGGGUCGAACACUUGUAGGUUCACCACCUUCAACAGGAUGCAGAUCCAAAAAGACCUUUGAGAUUUCCAUUGUCAAUGAAAACUGGAACAAACAACUUAAUGAACAUCAGAUGUCAUUUACUGGACAGAUUUCCUUGCACACUUUUUGAUCUGAAUUUAAACAAACUUUUAAAAAAAAAUAAUUCUCUUUGGGCAGGUGACUUGAUUAAAAGGUGCAAUAAUUUUAA